AUGUCUGCUACUAACACCACCACUGGUGCAUCCGAUGCCGUCGCCACUGACAGCACCAACACCAAAACUUCCGUUGAUCUCGCCAAACAAGAAGCUCUUCAGAAGAUAGCCUCCGAGAACGAAGCCAAGCGCACUGAACAGGUUGCCAUCCAGAGGCGGAAGUCCGAAAUGGCCAAGAACAAGGCCGCGCAAGAGUUGGCAUCCAAGGGCAAGAACGCGAUUCUCAAGGCCCAGCCUAACCGACCUACACGUCGGCCUGUGAAGAAGAACCGAAAGCCGCUUCCACCUCCUACCAAUCGGACUCGCGAUAUUGAAGCGGCUAUGGAGAAGACGAAAGCUAGCGCUGAAGAGAAACGUCUUGCGCCCCUGCGGGUUGUUCGCCCAAGCUACAGCUACAGCGACAUCGUCGAGCAGCGCGUCGUCGACGGUGUCGUUGAGCGCAUUGUGCAUACCAGCCAUCCCGUGCAGCAAUCUUGUUCCGCUCACGAUCACGAAGACAGCAUCGAACAGCACGUGGUCGACAACGUCACUGAUCCUAUACCUGAGUCCGUUGGUGCGGCCGAGACUAUUCACUCUGACACCGACGUUGAGUUAGAUAGGGCCACGGAACCCGAUACUUGUUCAGAAGAUGACGCUCCUCAGCUAGUUCAAGAGCUUGCCUCUUCUGAGCAGAUUACUGAGCCUGAAGACAAGGACGGUUCCUCUUCAGCUGCUGAUGUUAUUGCACUCCCCCACAUCUAUGUCACUGCUCCGAUAGAUGAUACGGAUGAAGAGGCUUCACUGUCUGGAAAUUUGGCUGAGACGGCUGACAAGUCGACCGAGCCGAUCCAGGCGACUGCUUUUGAGGAGUCGGCUUGCAGCCCUUCGGCGAUUCUGUCGAUGCCAAACUCAACUCUUUACCCUUCGCGCCUAUCCCGCGACGAAGAGGCUAAGUUGGUCGCUAUGCAUGUCGGUCCCGUCGUAAUGCCGAUCAUUGAAGCUAAGCAGCAGAAGCUUAGCAAGGCUGAAAAGAAGGCCGCAAAGACAUCUGAGGCAUCUAAGGAGGUGGCUACACUUGACUCUGAAUUGAUCCAGGAACUUCCGGAACCUGACACUGUCGAUACUACGAUGGAUAUUGUUGAGCCCGUCGUCACAACCGAAGAAUCCGCAUACGUCGCGACCAUUCUAGCAAGGCCCAAUGGCUCUGGUAUGACCACAGAGACUCGCGACCUUCACGAAAAGCUCGUCGCGCUUCAUGUCGCUCCACCCUCGCUGCCAGUCACUUUUCACAAGCAGCAGAAGACCAACUGGAAACCUACCAAGGCCAACCUCCAGAUGCCUACUCCGGUCGAGAAGAAGGAGCCUGAUUUUGUCGCCUCUCUUCUUUCCAAGCCUAACGGCCCAGGUGAGACCAAGGAGGCGCGCGACUAUCAUGAGAAGCUGGUUGCGCUUCAUAUUACUCCUCUCUCACUACCAGUCACGUCGCCUAAGCAGCAAAAGACCUCAAAGAUCGAGCAGAAGGCUAGUAAAGUUAAUAAGAAAAAGUCCGUCGCUACGGAGAAGAAAGAGCGUGACUUCAUCGCCUCUCUUCUCUGCAAGCCCAACGGUUCGGGUGAGACCAACGAAACUCGCGACUUUCACAACAAUCUUGUGGCUAUGCACGUGGCACCACUUGAAUUUUCGGUUUCCUUACAACAGGAUAAGGAUAAGAAAGCUGGGAAGGCCAACGAGUAUAUUGAGACUUGGACCGCUGAUCCUGAUGCCGUUGAUGCACUGAUCGCCAGCAUGGUGCCUCCCAUUACUGAGGAGCCUAUCUCUGCUGUUGAGGAGCUGGGUACAGAGGAUGCAACGCGCGAGGAACCGUCCAUCGUCAUUACGACCCCCAUCCAGGGGUUCUGGCAAACUGUUCUUUCCAAACCCACUGCCGACGAAGCCACCACCGUUUCGCAAACAGUAAUCAUCCCCGACUCCGCCCCAACCACCACCCCUCCCACCUCCUCCUACUCCGACUCAUCCUCGGAGUCCGAUACCAUCAAGUCAUACAGCUCCAGCCACUCCACCCCCUCCAUCCUUCGCGCAGCCUCAAAAGCACGCACAACCUUCCUCGGCGCCACAUCCCUAGAAACCUUCAUAAACACGCUCGACUUCGAACUCUGGGAUGGCACAACGACCAAAGACGACAUCUGCGAGGCCUUCGCCUCCUUAGCCAAUCACCCCGUAACCACUGGUCUGGACAAGCCUAAGAUACAGCGUAAAGUCAAGUUGGGUAGUACUUCGCUAUACGCGUUCCUUCGUCAGAUCACGUUCAUGGAGGAUGAGGUGACGAUUGUGGGGGAGGUGAUGAAGGUGUUUAGGAAGGCGGCGGGUGAGCAGGUGACGUCUCCGAAGCUGGAGGUUGCGCUGUGGCUUGCGGAGGAGACGGAUGAGGGCGAGGGUAGGAGGCGGGGGAGGCGCUCGGAGCGGGCUUCGAUGGCUGGUGGGGUUUAG